AUGGCAGACAACGAAAGCAGCCCGCUGCUCGGAGCCGAGCACGGCCAGGUACGAUUGACAGAUCGAAGACUGAGCAGACUCCGUCACGACGAAGAGGCCAGCAGCAUCAUCAAGAGCCAUGUCUCUGUCGAGGAGCAGAAGAUGGCUGAUAUCUCCAUUGGCGAGCGAUUACCAUACAACGACUACACGACCAUCGACUGGCUGCACGAUCUAGUAAAAGACUCCUACCGCCACCGCUUCAUCCACAGCCGUAAUGGCCUACGGUACAAGCUCUCAACUCUUUUCGACGAGGCGUCCGGCUGGAUUGCAGCAGCCAUCAUAGGCACACUAACAGCAUGCGUAGCCUUUCUCGUCGAUAUCGCAGCCGCCACGGCCUCAGACUGGAAAUUAGGCUAUUGCUCACACAACCCAUUCAUGACCCGAGAAGCUUGUUGCGAGGGCAAAACGCCUCUGUUUGGCAUCGCAUCCAAUGGCGUUAUCGGCACUGACUGUCCAGCGUUCAAGGAGUGGUCCUCGACCUACGCCUCGCGCUUCGCGAUAUACACCGCAUUCGCCCUCGCUUUCGGCCUCAUAAGCUCGACUGCCACGCUUUUGACUAAAAGCUCGCUACCGUCGACCUCACCAGGGAGUGGCGACAAGGGUCCGCACAGUGCUCCACCGCAGCCUGUCGCUACAGGUAAGACGAUGUACAUGGCCGCCGGCUCCGGUAUCCCCGAAAUCAAAACCAUCCUGUCCGGCUUCAUCAUCCCAGGUUUCUUGGACUUCAAAGUCCUCUUCGUCAAAGCCUUUGGCGCCGUAUUCGCCGUCUCGACCGGAAUGUGCCUGGGCAAAGAAGGACCAUUCGUCCACAUCUCCACGUGCGUAGGAUAUCUCGUAGCCAAACACUUCCCAAAGUAUCGCGACAACGGCCGCAAGAUGCGAGAGAUGCUCUCAGCUGCCUGUGCAUCAGGUCUCAGUGUAGCCUUCGGCGCCCCGAUCGGUGGGGUACUCUUCAGCUAUGAGGAGAUUAGUACAUACUUCCCUCGAAAGGUGCUUUGGCGAGCAUUCCUUUGCUCGCUCUUCGCAGCUAUGGUGCUGAAAGCCCUCAACCCAACAGGAACAGGCAAACUCGUCCUUUUCGAAACACACUACGGAACAGGAUACAGCCCCAUCCACUACAUCAUCUUCGUCUUCCUCGGUAUAGCCGGCGGCAUCUUCGGCGGUCUUUUCUGCCGACUCAACCUCAUGUGGUCAAAAUGGUUCCGCAGCUUCCAGAUCAUCAAACGAAACCCCGUUCUCGAAGUCUUCCUGGUAGUAGCAGCCACAGCACUACUCCAGUACCCCAACCCUCUGACCCGCGAACCAGGCGAUGCAAUCAUCAAGAACCUCCUCGUCGAUUGCCGCUCCCACGAAACAAGAAACUCCUGGCUCUGCCAACAAGAAGCCCAAUCGGAUCGAGGAACCUACAUCGCCUACCUCGUCUACGGCACCCUGACAAAAUUAGUCUUGACAAUCAUAACCUUCGGCAUCAAAGUCCCCUCCGGCGUCAUCAUCCCCGCCCUCGAUGCCGGCGCCUUGUUUGGCCGUUUGGUAGGCCAAUGGAUCGCAUCCCUUCCCUCUACCACCUCCGACGUCAUCUCGCCCGGCAUCUUCGCAAUGGUAGGCGCCGCCGCCUUCCUCGCUGGCGUCUCCCGCAUGACGAUCUCCCUGUGCGUGAUAAUGUUCGAACUCACCGGCGAACUCGAAUACAUCGUCCCGCAUAUGACGGCCAUCCUAGUGGCGAAAUGGGUAGCCGAUGCGUUGGGCAAGGAGAGUGUGUACGAUAUUGCUCAGACGGUUCUCGGACAUCCGUUCCUGGAUGCGGAUCACGCUAUGGCUGUUGUGCAGCGGGAAGGGGCAUUAGCGGAGGAUUUAGUACCACCUAGGCAGACGAUGGAGGAGAUCACUGUGCAUGUUCCUGCUUCGAACAAAGUCUCUCGGAGGAUUCUGGAGGAGAAGCUCGGCCAGCUGAAGGAUCGAGGACUCAUGGAUGCCGGGCUCGCGCUUGUACAGAAUGGCGGGAUAAUCCAGGGAUAUAUUGCCGAAGGCGAACUCGAGUUCGGGCUCAACGAUCUGGGCAUGUUGUACGAGGCGGACGCUGAAGUACGACUGCUGGGGAAUGCCGAAGAAGGGGAUUUCGACAUGAGCCACUUUGUCGACCGCACACCCAUUAGCGUCUGCGCCAAAGCACCAAUGGAGUAUGUGGUGGAAAUGUUCGGCAAACUCGGGCUUCGACAUCUGAUGUUGACGGAAGAGGGCACGGGGAAGCUCGUGGGUGUGGUGAUCAAGAAAAGGUUGGUAGCUUAUCUGGACGGUCUGAAAGAGGGCUGA